AUGUUUGGGCUGGAUUUGUCAAGUAAUGAACUCAGUGGUGAAAUCCCUAGAGAGCUAGGAGAUCUUCAAAGAAUGCGUGCUUUGAAUCUGUCACACAAUUCUUUGACAGGACUAAUACCUGAAAGCUUCUCCAAUCUAACAGAUAUAGAGAGCAUUGAUCUUUCAUUUAACUUGUUGCACGGACCAAUACCCCAUGAUCUAACCAAGUUAGACUAUUUAGUUGUAUUCAAUGUGUCGUACAACAACAUGACAGGCUCUAUUCCAAGUCAAGGCAAGUUGUUAACGUUGGAUGAAACCAAUUACAUUGGUAAUCCUUUUCUUUGUGGAUCACCUCUAAAUAGAAGUUGUGAUGAUAACAACACUACCGGUUUCAAGGAAACGGAUUAUCAAAGCAUAGAUGGUGAGUCUGCAAUAGAUAUGGAGACUUUCUAUUGGAGCCUCGCAGCCACAUAUGGUGUAAUAUGGAUGGCAUUUAUUGUGUUCUUUUGCUUUGAUUCUCCUUUGCGCCGAGUAUGGUUUGGCCGUGUUGAUGCUUUUAUCAAUUUGUUCAAAUGUGUUUGA